GGGAGAGCACCCAUAUCUUCAUUUCCCUUUCUCCUCCUCCUUAGUCCCCACCCAUACACCUCCAUGUUCUUGUGCUUUCUAGACCUACCAACCUCUUAAAUCUCUUCCGAUAUCAAAUACCUGCAUUUAAUUCUCUCAUUCUAUUUAUCUCUCCCCCCCUACAUAUAUCACAUCGACGACCAGCUACCAUAGUACUUCAAACACCCCAUUGCUGAGCCUACUUUCGUCUCCAAUAUCUCUAUAUAUCUGCAGCAUUCGAAAAAGAAUAUAGUCUGUGCUUCUCAAUUAAUAUGUCAACCAGUACUGCUCAUCAUCGUAUUCUUCUCCUUUUUCUUCUAUGUCUUUCUUUGCAUGCAUGCAAUGCCGGGCGUCUUGGUGCGGUUCAGAAGAAGUCCGACAACAAAUUUCACAUCAUCAAGAAGAGUACUAAAGCAAGGGGUUCCGAUCAUAGCAUUCCAGUUGUGCCAAUGAUGAAGUCUUUCUCAUCAAAGCCAUCACUUGAUCAUGUGGAAAAAGGAGAAAGCACAGUACUACAGACUCAAAGUGAUAGUAUUACUACUAAGGAGCCCAAGCAAACAAAGACCAAUGAUGAUUUGAAGGCCAAAUCAAGAAAAAAUACAAAAGGAUCGGCCUCAGCCUCAGGUGCUUCUGUUGAUCACCCAAUAACUUCAAGGCAUGAUAAGUCGUCGUUCGUUUCAGUUUCAUGGCGUGUGCCCCGCAAUAAGCGUAGAGUUCAGAAGCAACCUGGGUUUAAUCUGGACUACUCACCCCCAAAGACACACCCUCCCUCUCAUAACUGAGAUCUUCAAAACAUAUAUCAUAUAUAUUUAUAUAUAUGAAAACCUAAUUUUGUUGCUUUUUCCUUUCUUUUCGAGCUGUGCUUUAAAACUAAUAUAUAUACUUCUCUAGCUCUUUCAAUCCAUUCCACCAAUAUACAUGUGGGAAGUUAUUGCAGUCAAGAAACCAGUAGGGCCUCACAGAAUUCCUCCUAGCUAGCUAUAGCUAGGGUUACAUGCUCUUGCCGGCAAAAAGUACUAUAUAUAAGUUAUGACAUAUGAUAUGACUGUUUAACAAAAAUGGAUAUCGUAUGUGUUAUCAGGCUUUUCAAUCA